AUGGAAUGGGUACCUCAAGGAUAUUUUAAUCGACGACAUGCACUUGUUUUAUGUAGUAGUAGUGUUUCAACAGCAUCAAUUACUUCAUUAGCAUUAGGUGGAACCAUGAUGUUUUUUAUUGUCAUUUCACAUAAAUGCAAAAUCAAUCGUGAUAAUAUUGCUAUUGCUACACCAAUAGCUACUUCACUCGAUGACUUAACAAUACUUGGUAUUUUAGUAUCGGUGGAUUUUCAUAUUCAUAUGAAUACAAUUUAUAAUUUAUUUGAACUAUCAAACAAGAUAUUCUUGAUGAUUUUAUUUUAUAUUAAAUAUAAAUUUUGUCUAUGUUUUCUUAUAUUGAAAAUAAAAAUACAAUCAUGUAAAAUUUUAUAA